AUGAUAGACAUUACUGAUAGGGAAAGAAAACUAGAUAAGUUAACUGCGAGCAACGAUCCUAAAAGUCUAUCUGAAAGUAAUGUCACAGAGAAUGUUACAACAACAUCUGAAGACAUUGUGAAGCUCCCUCGCUCUCCUAGUCUUCUAAAAACGGCAAACAUCUCAGUUGGUUUUUCUCGCUACUUACUAAGAUUAAACUACUCGAACUAUUCUCUCAAACGCGACACCGGUUCUAAGAAAUUCGAAAUGUCUCAGCAAUCAAGUGAUGGAUCUCCCAUAUCUGAAUCAGCAACACCGGAAGAGUCCUCUAACCCUAAUAGGAUUCUGAAGGUUGUACCUCUUAGGGCGAUUAGCGGUGAUGAAGUAAGGGCCACAAAGCCUAAAACGACUCAUGCAAAACAGCCCAAGGAGGGUAUUCGUAACAAGAGCACCAAAACCUCUACAUCUGCUACCAUGGAGGAACUUACUAAAGAAGGAUCCAAAUAUGUCGAUAGCGUAAUUACCAGGAUUGUCACUCGCAUUCUAAAGGAAAAUCAUCAAGUACCUGGGAUAUCUGUUCCUCUUCAAACCAUAAUGCCGGAUCCCCUCAAAAACAACAGUAAAGCUGAGGCUACUCACACCGUUGGUAGUGACCCAAAUGAAGAGGAGAUCAACAAGGAUGGACAAGGGAUUACUGAGAAUACCAAUGUUACUAAGGAUGUCAAUGACAUAAAAAAUAAGCAUCCUAAGGCCAACACUGAAACUAGUACUAAUGUGGUAGACUUAGAUGAGUUCUCUAACAACGAAUUACUUACCUCCUUGAAUCCAAGUGUAGCCAACAGACUAAUGACAAGAAGAAAAGGCAAAGCUGGUGUCCAAAGAUCCCCGAAAAAGAGCACACAAGUGAAAAGCCCUGCCAAAGAUACUGCCAGAAAGAAGAGUACUUCUGCUGGUCCUAUCAAGAGCAAAAGCAAGGUCAUUCCAAAGAAAAGAAAGGAGCGGGAAAUUGUUGAACGUGAGUCUGAUGUUGAAGUGAAUGUUCCUGGCAUCCCAUCAAGAAAGAAGCCUACAACCAACAAGCUUGCUGCUAGCAUCCCCGAAGUUCCUAUAGAUAAUGUGUCAUUCCACUAUGCCUCCAGUGCCAGCAGGUGGAAGUAUGUUUUUCAAAAGAGAUUAGAUGUUGAAAGGGAAUUGGCUCCAAAUGCUCUUGAGAAAAAAGAGGUCUUAGAACUAAUUCAAGAAGCUGGACUAUUAAAGACUGUUUGCAAUCUUCCCAAAUGUUAUGAGAAGCUGGUCAAAGAAUUUGUUGUGAAAUUAUCUGAAGACUGUGGCAACAGCAGAAGUGUGGACUUCAGAAUAGUGUUUGUGAGAGGUAAGUGUGUAUCAUUCUCUCCGUCUGUGAUUAAUAAAUUCUUGGAAAGAACAGAUGAAGCUCCAACUGAGCUUGAAGUAACAGACAACAAAGUUUGUCAAGUGAUCACAGCCAAGCAGGUUAACAGCUGGCCUCUAAAAGAGAAGCUAACUGCAAGUAAGCUGAGCAUCAAGUAUGCAAUGCUUCACAAGAUAGGAGCAGCUAAUUGGGUACCAAUAAAUCACAAGUCCACUAUUUCAACUGGACUUGGGAGAUUUAUAUAUGCUGUAGGAACAAAGGCGAAAUUUGACUAUGGAACAUAUAUCUUUGAACAAACUUUGAAGCAUACUAGAAGCUUCAGUAUUAAGGGUCCAAUUGCCUUCCCAUCCCUCCUGUGUGGCAUAAUUCUGGAUCAGUAUCCAAACAUUCUCAAUGAACAUGAUAUAGUGUGCAAAAGAGAGAGUCCCUUGGCCUUUCAUUACGAACUGUUUCAAGGUAAGCAUGUUCAAGACGUUGUCAUGACAUCUGCUGAAACUUCCAAAUCUGGAGCCUCAGCCAGCAAAGUAGAAGCCAUAUCUAUGAUAAAAAAGACUUGCAAAGAGCUGGAAUCUAGAAAUACAACUCUUGAAAAACUGAUAAGCACUCUGGAAAUGGAGGAGCAUGAGGAAUUUGCAGAUACUGAAGAGAUGGAAGAUAAAGAUGAACAAGAAGUGGAAGAACAAAGUGCCAGUCCUGCUGAUGGCUCUAAGAAAGAAAGCUCUGCAGACACCUCGAGUGGGUCUGAAUCUGGGGAGUAA